GGGUAGCUAUGGAGAUAGAGCGUUUUCCUGGCUGCCUUCUUUGACAGGUGUUGAGAGGGGUAAAAGUCUUAAAACAGUAUCCAGCAUGUACGCCAAAGGUAAAGGAGCAGUCGUCCCUUCCGAUAGCCAAGCAAGAGAAAAGCUAGCUUUAUAUGUGUACGAGUACUUACUGCACGUCGGGGCACAGAAAUCAGCACAGACCUUCCUGUCCGAGAUACGAUGGGAGAAGAAUAUCACGCUAGGGGAACCUCCUGGAUUCCUCCACUCCUGGUGGUGUGUGUUCUGGGACUUGUACUGUGCCGCUCCGGACCGGCGAGAGACGUGUGAACAUUCCAGCGAGGCCAAGGCUUUCCACGACUACAGUGCAGCUGCCGCGCCCAGUCCAGUCAUGGGCAACAUGCCCCCAAACGACGGCAUGCCAGGCGGACCCAUGCCCCCCGGCUUCUUUCAGGGUCCUCCCGGGUCACAGCAGUCCCCCCAUGCACAGCCUCCCCCACACAACCCCAACAACCCUAUGAUGGGACCUCACGGCCAGCCUUUCAUGUCACCACGGUACCCAGGUGGACCUCGCCCCUCCCUCCGCAUGCCAAACCAGCCUCCAGUUGGAGUUCCAGGAUCACAGCCACUUUUGCCCAACAGCCUGGACCCUGGAGUCAGACCGCAAGGGCAUCCGAACAUGGGCGGCCCGAUGAGGAUGAACCCCCCCAGAGGCAUGGGUGGCAUGGGCCCACAGCAGUACGGUGGUGGGAUGAGACCUCCGCCCAACUCACUCGGUGGGCCUGGCAUGCCAGGGAUGAACAUGGGACCUGGUGGAAGAGGUCCAUGGCCUAACCCUAAUGCAAACUCAAUAGCGUAUUCGUCCUCAUCUCCAGGGAACUAUGUGGGACCUCCAGGGGGCAGUGGGCCUCCAGGAACUCCCAUCAUGCCCAGCCCAGGAGACUCCACAAACUCAAGCGAAAACAUCUACACAAUGAUGAACCCCAUUGGACCUGGCGGCAACAGACCUAAUUUCCCAAUGGGUCCAGGUCCUGAUGGCCCGAUGGGUGGUAUGGGAGCAAUGGAACCACAUCAUAUGAACGGAUCACUAGGCUCUGGCGACAUGGAUGGGUUGCCAAAGAACUCUCCCAACAACAUGGCGGGCAUGAACAAUCCCCCAGGCACUCCGCGAGAUGACGGCGAGAUGGGAGGAAAUUUCUUAAACCCAUUCCAAAGCGAAAGUUAUUCACCCAACAUGACAAUGAGUGUGUGAUUUUUUUUUUUCAUUUUACCUUUUGGUUUUUUAUUUUAUUUCUUUUUUAUCUCUCCCUUCCCUUUGUUACCCAUCCCUUCUUCUGCUGCAUCUCGGCUCACUCCUCCCCCCCACCCCACCACCUCAUCACCCCAUUGGGCACCCACCACCACUCCCUCUCGGACAGCGGGUGAUGCCCCACGGCCUCAUGGGAUAGCUGCGUGGCGAGCUGCGUGGCGAGCUCAGCAAGAGGGGCAGGGAGUAGGCCCCGGGAGGAGCCACCUGACUGCGCCCUGCCCUACCCCACACUCCAGCCUCCUGUCCAGCCUCAUGCACUGAGGGCUCAUGGGGCGUGCCAGUCCUCCAGGAACCCUCUCAGCAAACCAGCCAAUCAGAAGCUAAGGCUGGUGGCCCUCUUUUUUCAGUUUCUUUUAUUUUUGUUGUUGUUGUUGUUGGUUUCUUCUUCUUUUGAAUCAGAAGCAGAAGUUGAAUGAGCAGGUCAGACUCCUCUGAUUUGUUAGAUACAUCAAUCGUUGGGUGGAUUUUUAACAGAAAAAUGAACUGUUGAUAUAUUAGGGUGACGCUUUUCAUUCUUGUGGUCUGUAUUUUGUUGAUGAUAUUAAUGAUUAUGAUAAUUCUCACAACUGACAUUGUUAAGAUGAUGUAGGCAUAAUGUUAUGGGUUUACCUGCAAAGGGCACAUUGUAUUUCAACCGCAUUGAUGACAUAAUAAGCACACACUCAGAAAUGCACAAUGACACUUCUGUUUACAUGAUUUUAGGUGUUUGUUGUCUCAUGUUAUUGAUUUUUGUUUGUUUGUUUAAAUGUCUCCCUGCACAUACCUCUUCCUGUGUGCUCUCUGUGGAGCUCGCGUCAGCACCACUCCACACACCUGAAGAGCCUCAAAAUGGCUGCCAAGAUGGCCACCCAAGCUCUGGCUUUACUCCUGCUUUCUGCUCCGUCUUUCUCCUUCCUCAGUCCAGCACUGGAAACCCCCCCCGACAUACACACACACACACACACACACACACACACACACACACACACACACACACACACACACACACACACACACACACACACACACACACACACAGAUACACACCUUUUCCAUGCUUGCUUUACCAUGCACCAUCUGUACGGACAUCCAUUUUUUCAAAGGAACAUGGCUGAGUUUAGGCUGAUCCCAGUAACUAGCCCGUAGCCACCACACGGUUAGACACUCAGAAGAGGGAACUAAUGGACUCCUUAAAACUUCUUCAGCUCAUCUUCAGCCUCGGUUCUACAUUUGUGUUGUCAUGACAUUGAUUUAUUUUGAAAGCACAACUUGGAAGAGUGUCAUGGUGAUCACACGGAGAAAACUGUUGAAGCCCGCUCUCUGGACAUGGACUGAUGUAAAGUUUAUUCCUACCCAUCGUCACUACACAAAUGCUCACAUUCACAGCUUUCCAUGUCCUUCACUGAUUCAAUCAUUUACAUGAUUUAAAUGUUCUGAUGUUAAUUAUUUGAAAGAGAGAAGCCCAUCAUUAUGCAUGCAUGUGUGGAGCAAUGUAACUCCAAGGUCAUCAUUCAGCAACAUCUGUCUGCAGUAUUCCAGUCAACGUCUGGGUUGCACUCUAAAAUAACAAAGCUGGAAUUGUGUGUGUGUGCGUGUAUGCGCGCGUGUGUGUGUGGGUGUGUGUGUGUGUGUGUCUGUGUGCAGGUGUGUGUGUUUGCUUUUAAUCAUGUACAGUUACACCAUGUUCCUUGGUGGCGGUGUGCAGUCAUACACCUCAGUUGUAAUCAUAAGCCCUGCUGACACCCCCCUGCCCCCCCAUACCCCCUUGCCACCUCUAUAAUAUGUCAAUCUAUUCUGUUGGUUUUUUAUGAAUUGAGAAAGACCUCCGGGUCUCCGACUGCUGCUGGGCCAUAGUGCAGUGACUUAAGCAUAGCAAGCAGAGGGUCAUGGACUCUUUUAGGAGUAGUCUGGAGGAAUGUCUUGCCCCAUAUACUCCUCAGCCACCAUGAAGAGCACCACCCAAUCCCACCCUCCCUCCUUCUUACCCCCCUCAGCCUGAUCCCCCACCCCACCCUCGUUCUUAUUUGUAAAUACUGUAAAAUGCAUUUUGAUAUCAUUGACAUGUUUUGAUAUGUCUGUCACUACCAAUGAAUACAGCUUACAAAAUGAUGAUGAUGAUAAGAGUAUAAAAAUCAACUGUCCAUGUUUUCAUUUUUUUUUAAAGAUGGUAGAGCUUCAGAAACUGCAGUUUUUCAGAUGAAAUCACACGUUUCAAAGAGUUUCAACUGUCCCUUGAGAAAGCUCCAACCCCAGGAAUCUCUUGUAAUGUAUCACAAUAUGACUUUUGUGGAGAAGCUUUCACCUGUCAGCAGAAUAGGGUGCAGUAUUGCUGUCCAAAACAAGCAGAGAGGGGAGGGCUUUUAUUAUAGCCAUACUUGACCCGGAUGCAUGUUGGCCAGCAGACUGUUUCAACCCAUAUGCUUGUAUCUGCAUCAGUGGGUCUGACCUCUUUCUCCCUGACAACCCUCGUCAUUGUUGUCAACUAGAGCCGUAGGAAGCAGGGCAACAGGAGACCAAUCCCAACCUCAGUACUGAAGCAGGGCAGCCGUUCCUCCCUCAUUAAUGUCCGACAUCUGAACCAGUUAUGCCCACAACCCACAUCUAACUACCAAUCAUGUGUCGUUGUUGUUGAUUGUUGACAAUGAUGAUGAAGUCAAUAACAGACUUGCCACACUCUGUGGGCCUAUAAUAAUGACAAGAACCCCAUUUUGUGAAAAUAUGAAGGAUUUUGUGUUAUUGCUAAAUGGAACACCACAAGAAUAUAUUUAUUCUAAGUGUAAUGCCAAGUUCUCUGAUCAGUUGGAAAAGCCUUGUAUAGACUGAUGCUCACAGAUACUGUCAGUUCUCUCUGUUAAGCUGUUGGCCAUCUCUGUAAUUCUAUUGUGCUGUAUAAUAGUGUAAUAUUAGAAUGGAUUGGGGUGGGGGAUGGGGAAGUGUGCAUUGUGGACUCGGGGAGGGGGGAGGUUGUUGAGGGAAGGGUUGAUUUGAAUCUCAUGUACCGUUCAUUGUUCUAUUUGGCGGCACGACAGUAUUUAAUAUGAAGCAGUCUGUCUCUUUAGGUUUGCUUUGUAUUUUUGGUAGGGUAGCUUUGAUCUUUGUCUUAGGGACUUAGGUGUCUUGUGUAGGUAAUAAAGAUGUCCUUUGUAUGUUUCUUUAUAUUGUAAAGUUUCUUUAGACUGAACGGGAAAAAUUUGCUUAUCAAAAAAAGACUGCAUCAAUAAUAAAUGUAAUUUGAU